AUGACCAAGAUACCCACAUCUAAACCCCAGGAACAGAUGACACCGGCCACUCUUCCAACAUCGCCCCAAAGCAGUCCUGAAACACAUGAGCAGACGGCCUCAACAGUGCACACGCCUGUCGUGACAAUCACCAAGAGCAUGUCACUACCAGAUUCCUCGGUGACCUCUACAGUAAAGGAACCAGUAGGGUCAUCCACAACCACAAUUUUAUUCAGCUUGGCCACUCCGCCUGAGACCCCACAAAUGAAUCAGACUCCAACCUCAGGAACACCAGGCAAAGCCGGUGACACCGACAAACCUUUACCCUCAACAACCACGACCGUCACAAACACCAUUUUGUCAACCACGACCACCCUGAGGACAACUGUUCUUAGCACAGUCACAUCUGAGACUCAGGAAAGGGACACUACCGCUCCACCCACAACCCCAGCAACACCCCCGGCAACGAGCGAGCCAGCAGACGCACACCACAACACAGUCACACAGACACCCUCCCAGGCAGCACAGACGAGCUCUGGUGUUAGCACAACUCUAGUCACAGCUGUGUCCCCACCAAAGUCUACCACCGCUGGAAUGAGAUCAUCAGUGUCUCCAAGCCCAGGGGAGGCAGAUAUGACCAUGAUGACACCUUUAAUGGCAUCAAGCACACCAGAGGAUGCCGUUCCAUCCCCUGGAACUGGGAUAUCCACUGUGCCUGAGAAGUCAACUCUACCUCCACCCUCAUCAACACUGGACAAAGUCAGUGACACCAACAAAUCUUUACCCUCAACCACCACAGGCGUCACAAACACCACUUUACCAACCAUGACCACCCUGAGGACAACUGUUCUCAGCACAGCCGCAUCUGAGACUCAGGAAAGAGACACUACCGCCAAACCCACAACCCCAGCAACGCCCCCCACAACGAGCAAGUCAGCAGGCACACACCACUACACGGUCACACAGCCAGCACAGGGCACUGGUACAACCCAGUCACCUCACCGUCCCACAGCCCUUGGCUCUACCUCCUCAGAGACAACCAAAUCCUCCACUAUGCUUGGGACCAGUAAGGCACCCCCCAGCUCUAGCCAGAGUAGCAGCCUGGGAGGUGGCACCUGUGCUCUGGAUGAGUCCCCAGCCAGCACCGGAGGUUGCAUGUGCAACGAGAGCUACUAUUCCCACUUGGAACUAUCCAGAGAGAUAACGACCCUGCGCUGCAGGCCACAGGACAUUGAGGUGGCUCUCCUGAGCUGUUUGCUGAAGACUCACCACUGGGUCCUGAAGGAAGAAACCUUCUUGACGUGUUUCAGUAUCAACAGGAUAGAACAGGGUCACCGGGUCCAGGUCUUUCAGUUGGAGAAGAAGGAGGGGACUUGUGGACUCCACAUCACUAGCAACAUCAGCCACGCCCUGCACUCUUUGGAUAUGCACUUUGAACAGGUGCUCCCUGGCUCCAGCACCACCAGCUUGAAAAAGCUCCAUUUCAGCUGUGCAGACCCUCUGGUGGUGAAUGUCAGUGAGCCUGUCUCCGGCCAGGAGGUCUCCACUCCCACCAUCCACGUUCCAAGUGCUGGGGAGACUGCGGUCACCAUCAACAUCUUCACAGACUCUGAGCUCACCACGCCACUCAAGAACAGCACAGCUCCUAUCGGCAUGCCCCUCUACGUGGUCCUCAAGUCCGCCAGCAGUAACUCCAGCCAAUUUGCCCUGGUGGCUAAUGAGGUCUUUGCCAGUACCAACCUCUCCAACACAGAGGCUCGGGCUGCCCAUCAUUUUGUGAAGGACAGCUGCCCAAUCCGGGGCCGGAUGCUUCAGGAAUUGAGCAACGGGGCCUCCAUAUAUGUGAUACUGGCCUUCACUCUGUCACGAUUCUUGAAUAGUGACAUGCUCUACUUACAUGCCCAAGUGACCCUCUGUGACAAGCAAGCAGGACACCCCUGCCAGCCGUCUUGUAGUGGGAAGAACCCCCUGCGGAGAAAUUCACCCUGGGACACUCGAGCUGGGACCCAUGUAGAGCCUGGAGGUGGCAAGUGGAUCGUGUUCGGGCCUCUUCGAAUAAGCGAGUCCAGAGCCUCCAGCAGCAGGAGCCCAGCAGGAGCCUGGACGGCCAUCCUUCUCCUGAUGGUGAUUGGCUGGAUGCUGGAAUAA